CUUAUGGUAAGUAUAUAAAAAACCGCCGUGCCGUGCUGCUGUGAUGGCUGCCUUAACAUCGACGCCAGCCCUGGCUUUGUUCACAUGUUCAUGGAUCUUUGCUCUGUGUCAAGAACAGCUGGAGAUAUUGAAGCCUGGAGAGGACGCCACUCUUCAGUGUCGGGGUUACAGAGGUGCUGUCAUCACUGUGAUAGAGUGGAGCAGAUCUGACCUGGAGCCAGAUGAUGGUUAUGUCUUCUACUUCAGAGACGGUCGCUUGUAUGAAAACUACCAGCAUGCACUGUUUCGUGGUCGAGUGGAGCUCAGAGAUCCAGAAAUGAAGGACGGAGACUCUUCUGUGAUUCUGAAGAACGUCAGCAUCAACGACACUGGAACAUACGAGUGUCGGAUUGGAGAGGAAAACACAAGACGCAGAAAGAGAGACGCAGGCAAACCUGAUCCCAGCAGCAUCAUCAGGCUGACAGUGACAGAGCCAGGUCACACAGCUGGACACAAGGAGGGAGGAGACAAGGAGGGAGGAAACAAGGAGGGAAAUGUUGCACUGAAAAUUGGUCCGCCAGUUGGUGUGCUUCUUCUAAAUGGUGUUUUUCUUGUUAGUUUUAUGAUCUUUAGAAAACAUAACAGACAAACACACCAUAAUUCAUUCCAACAUCCUGCUGAACAGGAGAUAUAACUCUGACAAAAUAAAGAGAUAUAAUAAAAUACAUACAAAGCGACCUGGUUUCAAAAAAUACUUUCAUUAAAUCUUAAAUUUGCUCUGA